CCAACUCAGAGUUCCUUUGGUGUCACCCUGAAAGCAUCAGGGAAAUGGCAGCGAUCAGCACCGGGGUUAUUCUCCUCCUCCUCCUCUACGUGAUCGUACAGUUGGUCAAACUGCAACGGAAAAAAAAGCAGUUCCCACCCGGACCGACUCCUCUCCCAAUUGUCGGAAGCUUAUGGCAGCUGAAAUUCAUUACAAUGCGUCGCGAUACCCUGCUGGAGGAAGCAAAGGUCUUUGGGGAUAUCUACACUGUGUGGCUUCGUUCAGCCCCUGUGAUUGUACUGAAUGGAUACCAAGCAGUGAAGGAUGGCCUCGCUGCCCACCCUGAAGAUUUUGCAGGCCGGCCAAUAACCCCUUUCUUCCGAAGUGUGGGGGAAAAACGGGGUAUUAUGCUUGCAACCGGCGAAACGUGGAAGACCCAGAGACGAUUUUCCCUCAUGAUCCUUAAGACCUUGGGCCUAGGGAGGAGAAGUAUGGAAUACCAGAUCCAAGAGGAAGCCUGCCACUUGGUGGAAUCCUUUAUGAACAUGAAAGGAAAGCCCAUGAACCCUUCUUUCUUCCUCACGCUUGCCGUUUCCAACGUGAUCUGUGCCGUUGUCUUUGGCCACCGUUUCUCCAACGACAACAAAGAGUUUCAUCAACUGCUGGAAACUGUCGAGAAUUUCUUCAAAUCUGCAGGCAGUGCCUGGAUAUAUGUCUACGAUAUGAUGCCCUGGCUGAUGAAGCACGUCCCAGGCCCUCACAACGAUGUAUUUUCUGACUGCGACGCCGUACGUGCAUUCAUAAGGAGCGAGAUCCACAAGCAUCAGGAAAGGAGUUCUCCAAGUGAGCCGGAAGACUUCAUUGAUUAUUACCUUGCUCAGAUAGAGAAG